AUGAUGAGAAAACUAAUGACAAGCUUCUUCCUAGCUUACAUUGCCCUCUUCAUAUACCCAGCAAAUUUAAAACCUUCUUCAGUAGCUGCUGCAUUAUCAAUCGGGAACGAAACGGACAGACUCGCAUUGCUUGCCUUCAAAGACAGAAUAAUCCAAGACCCACUCAACCUCACAGCCUCAUGGAACACCUCUAUCCAUUUCUGCAAAUGGCAGGGUGUUUCGUGCAGCACCCGACAUCCCGGAAGAGUCACCCUCCUUGAUUUACAAGGCAAGAAGUUAACAGGUUCAUUACCCCCUCACUUGGGAAACCUAAGCUUUCUCAGAGGGAUCAAUCUCGAAAACAACGAUUUUCAAGGCAUAAUUCCACAGGAGUUCGGUCGCUUGACUCAGCUUAGAUAUCUCAAUCUCAGCAGCAACGCAUUCCAAGGGGAGAUCCCAACCAACUUGUCCUAUUGUAUGGAUAUUCAAGUUAUCAGAUUGGCGUACAACAAUCUAGUUGGCAAAAUCCCGGAGGAGCUGAGUUCUUUAUCAACAAACAAACUCAAGGGGUUUUUUGUAUCUGUUAAUGGACUCACCGGCAGCAUCCCACGUUGGUUAGGAAAUGCGUCUUCUCUGCUUCACUUGAGAAUGUCACGAAACUACUUCCAAGGAACCAUCCCAUCCGAACUAGGGAGACUACUGAAUUUGGAAAGUUUCCAGAUUGGUACAAACAAUUUAUCGGGGGAGGUUCCUCCUUCUAUCUACAAUAUCUCUUCACUCCUUCUUUUAGGUCUCGCCGGCAACCAAUUUUAUGGCAAAUUCCCACAAGAUAUCGGCUUCACUCUUCCCAAUCUUUUUGGCCUCUAUGUCAGCCAUAACCAGUUCACCGGUCACUUGCCAAUUUCUUUAUCAAAUGCCUCGGGACUACGAGACGUGAAUUUCGGUUUUUGUAAUUUUACAGGAACCAUGCCUACAAAUCUCGGAAGCUUAAACGGUUUGGAAAAUUUAUCAGUUGCCGAAAAUCAACUAGAGACGGAUGAGGCAGAAGGGUUCAGCUUUCUAACUUCUUUAACUAACUGCAGCAAUCUCCAGGUACUGGAAUUAGGAUCUAACCGGUUCAAAGGUGCAUUACCCGCUUCACUUGCUAAUUUUUCAACUUCUCUACAAUGGCUUAGCAUAGGAGCUAACCAGAUUUCAGGGAGCAUACCUGAAGGAGUAAAAAAUUUAGUCGGCCUUACGAGAUUGAGGAUUUUCAUGAACUCGAUCAGCGGUGAAAUUCCUGAGGGUAUAGGCAAACUUGAAAGACUGGAGGAAAUUUACCUGUCUAAUAACAGAAUUUCAGGGGCAGUUCCUGAAACAAUUGGAAAUAUCACAAAACUGCGGCGAUUGUAUUUAUACACAAAUAACUUGAGUGGAAACAUUCCUCCUAGUUUGGGAGAGUGUAAGCAACUCGAGGUUCUACACCUGUUCGGCAACAACUUAACCGGUUUUAUACCAAAGGAAGUUGUAAGCCUUUCUACUAUUUUUUCAUUUAGUUUGGCCCAAAAUUCUCUGACCGGACCCUUGCCCGUGGAGGUUGGUAACAUGAGGAAUCUCGUCCUCUUGAAUGUUUUGAGUAAUGGAUUGUCUGGUGAAAUUCCAAGUACUCUUUCCAAGUGUAUAAUGCUGGAGUCCCUUAGAUUGAGGGACAACUUAUUCGGAGGGAGAAUUCCUCUGGCUUUGAGCGCUCUAAAGAGCCUUCAUUUCCUCGAUCUUUCCAGAAACAACUUGUCAGGUCAAAUUCCAACCUACUUGCAGAAUUUCACUCUUCUACAAAGUCUCAACCUAUCUUUCAAUAACCUCGACGGUGAGGUACCACAUGAAGGGGUUUUUAGAAAUAUAAGUGCAUUUUCAAUUGUUGGGAACAAAAAACUGUGUGGAGGCAUAAAGAGUUUGGGACUUCCUUCUUGUCAAAUAGCUGUAACAAAGAAAAGAGGAACAACUCUUGCCAUCAAAAUAGCAAUUCCAGUAGCUAUUUCGUGUUUGGUUCUUUUGGCAUUUUUGUUGGGCUGUUUAUGCAGGAACAAGAGACCGAAAAGUAGCCCUUCGAUCAUGUUGCCAACAGAUGAGCAGUUUAAACAAGUUUCUUAUUCAGAGCUUGUCCAAGCAACUAACCAGUUCUCACCAGCUAACUUGAUUGGUGAGGGACACUUUGGUUUUGUCUACAAAGGGGUUCUAGGAAGCGAAGCAAUGGCUGUAGCAGUGAAGGUACUCAAACUUAGAGAGAAAGGAGCUGCCAAGAGUUUUACCUCUGAAUGCAAUGCGUUGAGAAAUAUUCGACAUCGGAACCUCGUCAAGAUAAUCACUACAUGCUCAAGUAUUGAUUCCAAAGGGGAGGAUUUCAAAGCACUAAUUUUCGAGUUCAUGCCCAACGGAAGCCUUGAGGAGUGGCUGCACAAAAGUGAAGGUGACCAGAUUGAACACCUAAGAAGUUUAAGUCUGACUCAGAGACUAAGCAUAGCAAUUGAUAUGGCAUCUGCACUAGAGUAUCUUCACCAUCAGUGCCAAGCAGCGAUUGUUCACGGUGAUCUGAAACCAAGUAAUAUUCUGCUUGGUCAUGACAUGACUGCUCGUGUGGGCGAUUUUGGAUUGGCAACGUUUUUGACGGAUAGCCUGCUUACUAUUUCUCAAACAAGUUCAGCUGGGAUAAGAGGAACGGUUGGCUACAUUGCUCCAGAGUAUGGCAUGGGAAGUAAGCCAUCGAUCCAGGGUGAUGUCUACAGCUUUGGAAUUCUCUUAAUGGAGAUGUUUACAGGAAGGAGACCUACUGAUACCAUGUUCGAGGAUGGUCGAAACCUCCAUCAUUUUACUAAGACCGCACUGCCCGAAAGAGUGAUGGAGAUUGCUGAACCUUCUCUUUUAUCAGAAGUUGGAGGUGAUGAUGACUACACAACCGCGAGGGAAGGCAAAAUCAAGGAGUGCUUGGUUGCAGUUCUGACAAUUGGAGUUUCAUGCUCAAUGCAAUCUCCUGGGGAACGAAUGAGCAUGAGAGAUGUGGUAGCAGAAUUGUGUAGAACUAGAACCAAAAAUUUUGCGCAUUAGCAAAAGAGCAAUGUCAGGAACCCAACUUCAAAACUCAACUCUGGACACAGCUAUGUAUAGAGUUG